GUGAGCACGACUGAUAUGAGGUGGGCGAUAGGACCCGGGAGACGGCGGGCUGCCACAGAGGCACAGCAGACAGCGCGUUUGGGAGGUGUAGUGGAAGAAAGGCAAAGAGAAACGGAGUAAAUGAGAGCACUUCUGUCCACAUUGUUGAAGGACUUACCAACUUAAAACACCGCCGAAGCACCAAAGUAUAAUGAGACGGGCACACUGUUGAGCUGCUGUCCAGGGAACCUGAAAGAGGAACUUGGGACUGUAUAGUGGUUCACACUAAUACUGGUUCCACUGUGGCAUUUGAACGCAAACAAGUGCUGCCUCAGGGGCUAGUUUCACUAACGGGUUACCACCAUUGAGAAGGCGGCCUUAAACCCCAGGACCCCAUCUGCAGGCUCCUGCAUUGGGCUGAGUGAAGGAAACAAAGUUGUGUCUCUCCUGGUGGGAAACCUGGAUCCUCCAUCUUGUCCACCAACAUGACCAAUGUGGUGAUCGUCAAGGAGGGAUGGCUGCAUAAAAGAGGAGAAUACAUCAAGACCUGGAGGCCGAGGUAUUUUCUCCUCAAAAGUGACGGUACAUUCAUCGGUUACAAAGAACGACCACAAGAUGUUGACCAGCUGGAAACCCCCUUAAAUAACUUCUCCGUUGCACAGUGCCAGCUGAUGAAGACGGAACGACCCAAGCCCAACACAUUUAUCAUCCGCUGCCUGCAGUGGACCACUGUCAUCGAGCGUACCUUCCACGUGGAGACCCCCGAGGAAAGGGAAGAAUGGACCAAAGCCAUCCAGACAGUGGCUGAAGGCCUUCAUAAACAAGAAGAGGAGAGGAUGGACUCCUCUCCAGAGCCCAUGGACAUGGAGGUCUACCUGACCAAACCCAGACACAAAGUGACUAUGCAUGACUUUGAAUACCUCAAACUCCUGGGAAAAGGCACUUUUGGCAAAGUUAUUCUGGUAAAGGAGAAGGCCACAGGACGCUACUAUGCCAUGAAGAUCCUAAAGAAGGAGGUGAUCGUAGCAAAAGAUGAAGUGGCACACACACUCACAGAGAACAGGGUCCUCCAGAAUUCAAAGCAUCCGUUCUUGACUGGACUGAAAUACUCCUUCCAGACUCAUGACCGCCUGUGUUUUGUAAUGGAGUACGCAAAUGGUGGUGAGCUUUUCUUCCAUCUGUCAAGAGACCGGGUAUUUUCAGAAGAGCGGGCUCGGUUUUAUGGUGCAGAGAUAGUGUCAGCGCUGGAUUACCUACACGCUGAGAGAAACGUGGUUUAUAGAGAUCUCAAGCUGGAAAACCUCAUGCUGGAUAAAGACGGACACAUAAAGAUCACAGAUUUUGGUCUCUGUAAGGAGGGGAUUAAAGACGGAGCCACUAUGAAAACUUUCUGCGGGACGCCAGAGUACCUCGCACCUGAGGUCCUAGAAGACAAUGACUACGGCCGCGCUGUGGACUGGUGGGGUCUGGGCGUGGUGAUGUAUGAGAUGAUGUGUGGCCGGCUGCCGUUUUACAACCAGGAUCACGAGAGGCUGUUUGAGCUCAUCCUCAUGGAAGACAUCCGUUUUCCUCGGACUCUCGGCCCUGAGGCGCGCUCGCUGCUCUCCGGUCUCCUUAAGAAGGACCCAAUGCAAAGGUUAGGCGGAGGGCCUGAUGAUGCCAAGGAAAUCAUGCAGCACAAAUUCUUUGCUGGGAUAAAUUGGCAAGAUGUCUAUGAAAAGAAGCUUGUCCCGCCGUUUAAGCCCCAAGUUACCUCAGAGACGGACACAAGAUAUUUUGACGAAGAGUUCACAGGACAAACCAUCACCAUCACGCCACCCGGACAAGAUGACAGCAUGGAGUCUUUCGACAGUGAGCGACGACCCCACUUCCCACAGUUCUCCUACUCUGCCAGUGGGACAGCCUAAUAUGCAAAUCUCAAACAUUCCUCCAGUCCCACCGUCAUUCCCUCUCUCCAUCCGACUGCACUCUCAAAA